AUGUGCCUCCCCUGCUGGCCAAUCACCAAGACAACCCACGAGCGCGGGAGCAACCAGCGUAGCAAUCCCCAACGCUACCGCUGGCACUGGAGCCGCACCAGAAACAUGUGGAUUCUUCGAGAUACGGUACGUACGCGGUGUUGA